AUGUUGAAAAGGGUACCCAAGAAAACAUUAAAGUCUCUAAUGAAGAAGAAAGCCCACAUUCGUGUAGGCACAGCCGCAGAUGCAAAGGUAGUUUGAAAAUGCUAUCGUAGUUAGCAAUCGUUACUGACAAUUCUACUAACUAGCGAGGCUAACGUUACAACAUUGUUUUCAAACAAAUAGCUUUAAGGUACAGGCAAACAUGCAAUGCAACUAAACAUGCAAUACAUCUAACGUUUGUUUUGUAACCUAACUAGCUACUGUAGUAAGAUAGUUAGCCAUCUCAGUUUCAUGCCGUCGGUGUCUGAAGCUGAAUCCCUCUCAGGUCGAGCUGAACGUGCUCCUUUUUCUGCAUAUGCUCGCAGAAGAGGCGAGGACGAAAGCUUUUGAGGAGAAAUCUGCGACUAUCAAAGCACACCACGUCAAAGUAGUAUACAAG